UGGGACCAGACUUGCAACAUUUUUCAUCAUUAGUAGGAACUUCGUUUUAGAUGUGGUGACUUAAAUGCAUUUCCAAGAAGGAUGUCGCAUAGUGAGUACAGGAAUAAUGCGCACUAAACCGAGAUUUACUCUUUCGGCUGUUUUCGGCUCAUUCCGCUGUUUUCCGUCUCGACAUCACUAGUUCUCACGCAGUCUUGCCGCUCUGUGCUGUGCUGGAAAAUGGCAGUUCGGCAAGUUGGAAAGAUUUGUGCGGAAUGAAAAGGAAAAAGAAAAACAGCACUUUAGUGUAAAGAGGGAGCGGACGGGAGUUAAAAACGCGAGUGUUACGAGUGCACACUUACUUCGACGCAAAUCACCAAAGCCUUCUCGACGACGACAUACUGUCAUCAACUCAUCAUGUUACACUGAGAGGAAUGUGUUCUGAAGUGGAAUGUUGAGUGACCUGCUACCAGACGACACCAUCUAACCUGCCAAAAGGAAGUGGGAUCUUAUUUGAACUUAGUACUUAAUUCAUUUCCCUGUGCCUGAACGAGCAUGCUGCCGACUCAUUCUCUCUGCUCCAUCAUUUGGCUGAACCGUGGGUUCAAGUUAAGAAAAAUUCCCUGUUUGGAUAACACCGGUCAGGUCUAAGCUGCAACGCUAAGCUUCCAACAGCACAGGCCCACUCUGUUGGACAUGCUUAUAAGCUCCAGUCAAUAGCCUUAGCCUUAAACAAAACGUCCCUCUGUCCGACAUCACCCACGCCCUCCCGAAGUUUCAUCCCAAGUCCAAGGUUCGUCUGCCUGGGGUGAUUUUUUUUAUACUCUGAGAAAAUGGCUGCCGAUGGCUUCCAGUACAGAUCUCUGUACGCCUACUGUAAGGACUGUGAGGAUGAUAUUGACCUCGAACUUGGUGAUAUUCUGACCGUGGAGAAGGCAUCUCUACUGUCACUGGGCAUCAAAGAGGGUGACGAGCAGCACCCGGAAUGCAUUGGCUGGAUUUUAGGUUUUAAUGAGCGAACCAAACAGAGGGGAGACUUUCCAGGGACGUUCGUGCAGUAUGUUGGAACUGUGAAAAUGUCAGUGUCAUCCUGCCAGCCUCGUUCUCAAAGACCACUUCCUGCUGUUCCCAGACCUGAGCCAACAGCCUCAGCACCGGUUGUUCCAGCCCUUGACCUGACCAAACAGUUCAUACAGCCGGAAAGCGUUCCCCCUGAUCUUGUUAAGUUGGUUGAAGCAAUUGAGCGGACAGGUCUGGACUCUAGGAUACUGUACAGGACGUCCAGUGUCUCAGCCACAGAUAGUCAGAGCGUUGCUGAGCCGCAGGAGCUGGAUGUGGGACAGUGGGACGUUCACACACUCUCGGAAGCUCUCAUUCGGUACCUGCAGGAACUUCCUGCACCUUUAAUCCCUCCUUCUGUUUAUACAGACCUUCAGACAGCAGUGCAGCUAGAAUCGGAUGCUCCUUCAAUGAGGAGACAGUUGUUGCAGGCCCUGGAGAAUCCUGCUGUUCCACUACAGAACCUCCUGACGCUGCAGUAUUUACUCAGACACCUGGAGAAGGUCUUCCAGUGUGAAGAGCAGAACGGUCUAGACAUUCACACUCUCGGCCAAAUCUUUGGCCCUCUUUUGAUCAGGGGCCCUGUGAGCGGGUCAGAAGAACAUGAGGAGUUCCCUGCGGUUGUCGUUGAGAGACUUCUUUUGGAGAGAAUUUGGGAACAAGAGCCAACUCCUCCUGCUCUCCCUCCUAAACCGCCCAAAGCCAUGGCCUCAUCUGUUACCAAUGGAAACAACAGCUUAAUGAGUGAAGCUGAAUGGUACUGGGGAGACAUUUCCAGAGAGGAGGUGAAUGACAAAAUGAGAGACACUCCUGAUGGUACCUUCUUGGUGCGGGAUGCCUCCAGCAAAGUUCAGGGAGAAUAUACCUUGACCCUCAGGAAAGGAGGAAAUAACAAACUGAUCAAGAUUUUUUACCGUGGAGGGAAGUACGGCUUCUCAGAACCUCUUACUUUUCACUCCGUGGUGGAGCUCAUCAACCACUACCGGCAUGAGUCACUGACUCAGUACAACGCCAAGCUGGACACACGUCUGCUCUUCCCCGUGUCUAAAUAUCAGCAGGAUCAGGUGGUGAAAGAGGACAGUAUCGAGGCUGUAGGUGAGCAGCUGAAGGUCUAUAAUGAGCAGUUUCAGGAGAAGAGCCGCGAGUACGACGUACUGUACGAUGAAUAUACGCGCACAUCACAAGAGCUGCAGAUGAAACGGACUGCCAUAGAGGCCUUUAAUGAGACCAUCAAGAUCUUCGAGGAGCAGUGCGAGACCCAGGAGCGAAUCAGCAGAGAGAGCAUCGAGAAGUUUCGAAGAGAAGGCAACGAUAGAGAGAUUGAGAGAAUACAGAACAACGCUGAAAAGCUGAAGUCCAGAGUGACAGAGAUUCAUGACAGUAAGAGAAAGUUGGAACAAGACUUGAAGCUGCAAGCCAUGGACAAUCGCGAGAUAGACAAGAGGAUGAACAGCCUGAAACCAGACCUCAUCCAGCUGAGGAAGCUUAGGGACCAGUACCUUGUAUGGUUAACUCAGAAAGGCACUAGACAAAGGAAGAUCAACGAGUGGUUGUGUAUAAAGAACGAAUCAGAGGACUUCUACUCUCGGUUGGAUGAUGAUGACGAUCAAGCACAUCAUGAUGAGUGCACUUGGUACGUCGGGGACAUUAAGCGCACAUACGCAGAGGAUCUCCUGAGAGGCAAACGAGACGGCACCUUUCUUAUCCGAGAGAGUCAGACCCAGAAGGGCUCCUUCGCCUGCUCUGUUGUAAUGGAUGGAGAGAUCAAGCAUUGUGUCAUUUACAAGACGGUCACGGGUUUUGGAUUUGCUGAGCCUUACAACCUUUACGGUUCCUUGAAAGACUUGGUCUUGCACUACAAACACAUCUCCCUGGUCCAGCACAACGACUCACUGAAUGUAACCCUGACCUACCCUGUCCUAGCACAGCAUCCUAGAUGAGCAACGGGACACGACAAGACGCAUUUAAAGCAUGACUAAGCACAUUUUACGGAGCAAACAAUACUAACACCAAACUUUUAUGUUUAUCCUAGAAAACAGAUAAGCACAAUAUGUUGUCAUAAGUAAAUAACAGGCUUUUUUUGCAAGCCCGUAGUUUUCCGUAUUAGGACUAGCCGCAGUAAUUACGGUAAGAUCACAUCUUAAAUACUUUAAUUAGUCAUCCCGAAAAUAAAGAAAAGGUUUCGAAGACGUUGCACAUACUGAGUUCAAACUUAGAGAUUCUGACAGUGUCUAAUGAUUCCAUUAAAGCUUGAACUUGAGUUCUGUCUUGGAUACGACUGUGGCUGUUUCUCGCCUAUUUUAGAUUAGGAUGCCAGCCAGGGAUCUCGUUGAGGAAUUAAGUGAAAGUCACAGCUGUUGAAAAUCAAUCUUUUAGCCAUUAAAUCACUGCUUUGGGUUAUCAUCCUAUGUGUUAUGUUUGGUAGUUUGCUUCUGCAAACUGUUCAAAUAGAUUCUCUUAAUGUGAGUGGUCCUAGAGAAGAUGUGAAACAAAAUUUAUAUAUCGUAAGUGGUGGAGGGACACCUCAGCCCGUGUAGCUUCUAAUCUGCCUCUUUAAAGAUAGUUGUCAUGGUUAGUAAAUGGCCAUUAACAAUUUUAUAAAAAUGUAAUGUUCUACCACAGAGCUGGAGAUUUCCGUGCGAUCGUAUUUUAGCAGGUGUUGGUGCUUCCUGGUGCUUUAUUUUUGUCUCUUGUAACAUGAGAAUGAUGCAUAGCUAUAUAGAAGCAUUGUGAUCCAGGACAGAGACAGUGAGGUGAGGACAAAAGUGAUCCCAAAGCAACGACAAGUUAAGUCUAAACUACACUCGCUUUAGAGAGUUUAAGGGGAAUGAGGUUAUUCAAUGAAGCAAGAAAAAAUUUGGAACAGAUACAAAAUGUUUUCACAUGUGAUUUUAGAGUUUUGUGAAAGUCAUUGUUACAGACCACCGUGGAAUUCUGCUAAAAUAUUUAUAGAAGAAAACGAGCCCUCAUGUUGUUGGGUAUUUUGUAAUUGUACUUCCCCUAGUGUUUCAUACUGCCCUCAUGGCAUGGUUUGACUCGUAUAAAGCCAAGCAAUACACUGGUCAAAAUCAUAGCAGUUGGAUAAAAGAGAAAACAAAUCACUUUAAUGAGUGAAGUUUUAAUAAUUAGAAAUGAUGAUUAAAUGUGACAUUUUUGGAAUUUGCACAGCCAGGAGUUCCCAGAAAACUGCAAUGUGAGGAAGUGCUUGAAAGAUAGUUUUCUUGUGAUUAGGACGAUACAGAAUUAUUCAUAUACACAGAUUAGACUUUUCAGGUAGUCCCAGAAGCCGAUGUUGAAAUAUUUCCCUACAAAUCAAGCUCAAUUGGCAUUAAAUGGAAUUCUUCCAUUAAGUUCUUUAAAAAUUGUGACUACCUAUAAUUUUCCUCCUUUGAAGAAAUACAAAUUUCAAAUGAAUGCUGUUACAUUCAUGUACUUGAAAUGCUUUUUAAUGGCAUUUUCAUUGGCAGUACCGAGUUAUAGAAGACAUUGCCAUUUUGACUAUGUGAUAGAUAUUAGGAGCCCUUAUUUGUAAUGUUAAACAUUAGCUUUAUAAUGAGGCUUGGUCUAAAACAACCAAUAUGCACUUUUGAGGAUGUCAGUUCAUAACAUAAAAGCGUUUGAUCGUUUUUAACUACAGGAGUAAUUUUAUCCAUUAAGUCAUUUUACAAACUAGCUAGCAACAAGGUUAAAAUACCGUACGCGUAAAACUGAUGCAUUGUAAUUUUUUGAAGGCAAGUUGAAAUAUAAACUUGUGAAAAUGACUUUGGAAGCGAGUCUGAACUUAGUGUAACUUUUGAUGUCUUUCAGUUCAAAACAAUUUUGUUUAUACGUUCGCCACAGUCAAAAGGUAGGGUUAGUCCUUUACUUGGUUCAUAAGUGUGUCUUACGGUUAAAAUGUUCGGUUUGUUUCAUCGUGGUGAUAAGAUCAGAAGUUGUUUUGAUAAAAUAGUGUCGGAGUGGAGCAAGAAACAGAGACUUUCUGCACAGAGACACUGGUUGUGAUUUCUUGAAUGUUCAGAUCGACUUGUUCUGAGAAAUGAGCCAGAGUGCUGGAUGUGUGUGUGAGAUGUGAUAAAGCAGAUUAAAAUCCUUUAAAUGCACUAUACAAGCACACCUUGUGGUGAUAUGAUGCAUUUUCGUUGACAAUAUAUGAAGCUUGACAGCCUUUAUGAGCAACAAAAAAUAAUUUAGGUACAUGUUUUAGUUACAGGCCUAAAGGAAUCAGUGGUAGUGUCAUAAUGUGUUAUGGUAGUGCUGAUACUGGUUCUGCUUUAUAUAUUUUUUCUUUUUUUAGAGGCUAUAAUUCUGUCAUUGUUUUAUGUAUCUCAUUGUAAGUAAUGACCUUAAGAAUUCAAAGAUAAGCUAGCUUGAAUAUCUUCCAUUCAGUACAGUUACAAAUGUUUACAGUAUCUAAUAACCAAAUAGAAGGUGUAUUUUCAGACAUGCUCUUUCUGUUCCUGUGGGAAUCUGUACAGACGGAGUACUUGUCUUUUUUUGUGCCUCAGUUGUUUUAAACUUGAAGAUUUUGUGUUUCCUUCUUUGUUGACUUCGAACAGUGCUCCCUCACCUUGAAAUGUCAGAUAGAAAUACAUUUUGAACAAGGAAGUUUUGAACACAGUCUGUUACAUUGUUUUUAAUAAAUGCAAAUGUUACAAAAGCAGGUUUUCAUUACAUAUUUUCUGAACAGAUAUAUUUUUCUUUUGGCUAUGGUACAAGUACUGCCACAAAAGUACAGAAGGAAAGAUGAUUAAAAUGCUCUUGUAGAAAGCGAUUUUUAGAAAAAGUGCCAGGGUAAAUUUGGCAGCUUCUUUUUUGCUAUUUUCUUAAAACCAUGGAUGGACAAAUCCUAAAAAGCAUAAAGCAAAAUGUUUAUUUUUAGAGUAUUUUCACUUUGUUAUUAACCACAGUAUAUGUCAAUUACUUUUCCAUCCAAUAAUAAUUCACUUUGAAGUUAUGUUAAAGAGUCAAAAUGUUCUAUAAAUCACUUUAAAAUAUGAAAUGUUUCCUUGAAGCUCCUUUUCGGGUGCACAAUUGCACAGUUGUUUCUAUUUCACAUAGCUACAACAACAGCUCUAUCUAUAUGCCUUUAACAACUGUUUUACAUUUUAGUCAUUCAAUGUCCUUUCCCCUGUGUUCUACUUUUAUUUCCCUGUUCAAACAAAUACCUAGUCCUGUUUCCCUUAAGUGCAUGACAUGCACACCAAAGUGCCAUUAGAUCUUUAAAAGAGGGGGAAGCACUGUUUGUUGAACUCUACUGUGCACAUUUUCAUGUACAUAAUCAGCUUCCUUCGUUUCUUUUCACCCCAAUCUGUUUUUGGGUGCAGAUUUAUUCUGUGUACAGUUUGCAUCAGUGUUGUUUGUCUACCAAACAGGUACACGAGUAUAGAGACUUGGCUCUUUAAUAGGUAGAUGAAAUUAUUUUUAAGACAAUAAAAUCAUAUUGAGUCUAUUGCA